AUGUCAUCCCCCCCACCCCCUCCCCCAACACCAGAGCAAGUCCUCGCCGCCUGCGCCACCGCCCCGCUCCCCUCCAUCCUCGCCCUCCUCGCCGCCUGCCCCUCGCCGCCAACAGACUACCAAAUCGCCGCCGCGGCCGUCGAGCACGACCGCGCCGACAUCAUCACGCACCUGCUCUCCACCGGCUCGCCCAUCCACUGCGUCUGCCGCCGGGACGUCGUGGACAAGCGCUCGAUCCCGAUCCUCGAAGCCCUUCUCGCAGCCGGGUGGGACAUCAACUCCGACCUGGGCAGCUACCGCGGCUGCGCGCUCGCGGCGGCGAUGCAAGGGCGCGCGCCGCCCGACUUCGUCGCGUGGCUGCUCGACGGCUGCGGCGCGGAUCCAAACGGGCCGUACGGCGGCGUCGAUCACCUCGGCCACCCGCUGCGGAUGGCGGUGCAGUUCGCGCCCGAGGACGAGGGCGUGGGAGACGACGCGGCGGCGGCGGCGCCGCCGCCGCCGGGGGCCAUGGGGCGCAUGUUGUUGGAGCGCGGGGCGCGGGUGGACGAGUCGCGGGCGCUGCACGCGGCGGCGGAGCAGGGGCGGCUGGGGUGGGUGCGGUGCCUGGUGGAGGAGUGGGGCGCCGACGUCGACGCCGAGUGGUUCCCCGAGGACUGGGCGGGCUCGACCGAGGUGGGGCUGGGCAUCGGGCGGCCGCUGCAUUAUGCGGCGCGCGAGGGGCACGCGGCCGUCGUGAGGUAUCUGGUGGGCAAGGGCGCGGAUGUGAGGCGCAGGGACACCAAGGGCCGCACGCCGAGGGAGGUGGCGGAGCAUUUUGGCCAUGGGGAAGCGGCUGCGUUUUUGAGGGCGCUGGAGGAGGAUCAGGGCGGAUCGUCAGAGGCCGAGUGA